AGGAGGCGCAGAGCCCGCGUUACGUGAGAGCAACCCGGAAAAUAAACAGCGGCGGGCUCGGUACUUACUGUCGCAGUCUAACUGAUUUAGCUCAGCCUGCGUUUCUCCUGUGGACGAAGAGAUGGAGAACUACGACAACACGCCGCUCAGCUUCAAACCCGGGGCAGCGGUGGACAACAGAGGGAAUGAUGGAUCACUGGUAUCUGUAUUGAAGACUCUUUUGUUUUUUACCAUCUUGAUGAUAACUCUUCCUAUUGGACUCUAUUUUGCAACAAAGGCAUAUCUGUUUGAAGCGUCUCUAGGUUACUCCAGCAACGACAGCUACUUCUAUGCUGCAAUCGUGGCCGUGAUCGCCGUGCACGUCGUCCUGGCUCUCUUUGUCUAUGCGGCGUGGAACGAGGGAUCGCGGCAGUGGAGAGAAGGAAAACAGGACUGAGGAAAGGAAGAGAAGAACAAUGAGAAGAGGUGGAUAAAGAGAGUGGGGGUGAGAGUGAAGGAGAAAUAGAGUGAAAGAGAGAGAGAGAAAGAAGGAGCCAGCAGGAGCGAGAGUAACACACAAUGCUGUUUGCACCAGACAGGCGUUUUAUUAUGCUUGGACAGGAGUAAAAAGAAGGAGAGAACGAGAGAGAGAGAGAGAGAGAGAGAGAGAGGGAGAGGGACAAGUAAACAGUCAUGUUGUUUAAGCAUUGUCUCCAACACUGCUCCAAACAGGAAAGUUGUAAUGCAGUGAAAAUGCAUUGGAACUCUGUGUGUGUUUACUGUGUGCUCUAACUUGUCAAUCAGAAGAAGGAAGCUGAACCCUUAUCCGAUGGUUCAACAAAACAACUAUUUAGACUCAGAGUGUUGGUUCAGGGUCAGCUUCUGUUUAGCUAAUUUGUUCAAAUACUACAAAUCUAAAUUACUUGAUCUUGGUAUUUUGUUUAGUUUUAGUACACUUACAUAAUUCAGAGGUUGACAUGUAAACAUGUCUUUCAGAGUGGAGUUGAAAGGUGUGAAACGGAGCCACUCGGAUUCUUUAGAGCAGUAGUCCUUGGAAUAAGAGGUCACCAUGAAUUCAUUACAAAUGUAGCCAUUAUAUUUAUUAUUCAAAACCGUCAUCUGUCCAUCUUUUUGUCCACUUUUCCUGGCCAGGGUCGCAGUAGGUCCACAGCCUAGCUGGAAUCAUUGGGUGCAAGGCAGGAAUACCCAUUGGACAGUACACCAGUUCAUUGUAGAAUACCACAGAAUACACAACAGUUCUCUCACACCUAAGAGGCUAUUUAGCAUUAGGCCAUUUCACCUAUCGUUUGUAUUUUCGGGAGGUGGGAGGAAACCGGAGUACCUGGAGGAAAUUGAACCCACAAGCCCAGGCCCCUGGAACUGUGCAACCCACACUUUACCUGUGGUGCCGCCCGCACAGUGCAGCCCCCAACCCACAAGUGAACCUUAAAAAGUUCUAACUAGAUAAGAUGUCUUAGAAGAAUAUUUUACAUCACAUUUGAGUGUAACGUAGUGUUGUUUAAAAUGUGUUUUAAGCCUAAAUCUUCCUAAAACUAUAAUCGGCAUUAUCCCAGGCAGAAUGUCCAUAAACAUUUUAAAACAUGUAAAAACUGUAAAUCUGUGAAAAAACUUUUAGAGAUGUUAAACUACUAACUCUGAUGCUGUACACCCUUCUGUAUAACUUUUUCUGUAUAACUUUUUCCAUGUCUGAACCAUUCAAUUAAGCAGACAAGUAGAAAGAUCUGUGGAAUUUCAUCUUAAAGGAAUAUUGAAGCAUAUUUCAAUAUGAUCUGUAUAUGAAUUGGUUUCUGUGGUGUAAUGUUACUUACCAUGUACAUCAGUUUUUAUUCAUUUUCCUGCACUUUAAACGAAACAAAUUAGAAAUAUCUACAUGCUUAUGAUAUUAGACAGUGGGCAGAUGCUGAAUUCUGUUAAUAAAUAUGAAAUGUGCAUAUUUGUGCAUAUAUAAAACACAAGAAGACAAGUUUACUACAUGUUUAAAGAUCCAGACAUAUACUCUGUAUAGAAAAGCACUGACCAAAUGAGUACAAUGCUUUAAAACACCCCCUCUUAAGCUCCUGAUUAUUGUGAAGGGGAAGAGUGGAAGUGUCUUUUCUAGAAUGAGCUAGGGGCUUUUUCAGUAACUUUGGGAUGAUUUGGACAGAAAAAUUAUUAUUUAAGUUAACCUCACUAAUGCCCUUGUGUGAUUGUAUGCAAUAAAAUCGUCACAGCUAUGA